CUGAAGGAGUGCCACUUUCUAGUUACUUACUUUAAAGUUAGGACUGUUUACUGCCGAAGCUUAGAAAAUGCAGAAAGCUAAGAAAUAUGACUGGAAAGAUUCGAACAUGGCCUUGUUUGGCAGUGAUACAGAGAAAAAGGUGAAGAAAGAGUCUGCUGAAUCAGAACCAGCAUGGCACGGUGCGGGGCAAAAAGUUGGACUUCAAAUAUGGAGAAUUGUCAAGUUCAAAGUUACACAUUGGGAAAAGGAGCAGUAUGGAGAAUUUUUUACUGGUGAUUCAUACAUUGUCUUAAAUACAUAUAAAGAUGAAGAAGAACUUAAGUAUGAUGUUCACUUCUGGAUUGGGGAGUACUCAACACAAGAUGAGUAUGCUACUGCUGCAUACAAAACCGUAGAGCUUGAUACAUAUUUAGAUGACAAACCUAUUCAACAUCGUGAAGUUCAAGGUUAUGAAUCUUGUCUCUUCAGGAAGUACUUCCCAACAUUUAUCCUACUGAAAGGAGGUGCUGAAUCUGGUUUUCGAAGAGUUUUGCCUGAAGUUUAUGUUCCAAGAUUAUUCCAUGUCAAAAAGGAAGGCAAGAAUAUCUCAUGUACCCAAAUAGGAUUGAAACGAGGCAACUUGACAUCAGAUGAUGUAUUUAUUAUUGAUGCAGGAGAAAAAAUUUACCAGUACAAUGGUUCAAAAUGCAGUCAUGAUGAAAAAUUCAAAGCUGCUCAAGAAAUUGCAAGACUCAAAGGUACUCGCGGAAAAGCUAGAGUUGAAACAUUGGAGGAAAAUGCUAUAUCCAAUGAACAUCCAGCUUUAAUGCUUCUAAAAGACGGUGAAAGUAAAAAGAAAGAAAAAUGUCAUGGUGAACGAAAAAUGUUUAGAGUAAGUGAUGCUGAUGGAAGUCUAGACAUGGAUCCUGUCGAAGGAGAGAUUAGUAAAGAUAAACUUACAAGUGAUGAUGUUUAUAUAAUCAACACUGGUGAGCAUGUAUAUUGUUGGAUAGGAUCUGGAGCAAGUAUUGAUGAACGUAAGAACGGUCUUGCUUAUGCCAGCAACUAUUUAAGUCAAACUGAAACACCUUAUUUGCCCAUCACAGUUGUUGCAGAAGGCAAAGAAAAUGACGACUUUAAAAAAGCAUUUUAAGUUCUUAGAUGAAUUGACUUACCUUCUAGAAAUGUUUAAAUAUAAGUUGUUGUGUUCA